AAUCUGUGGAAAUCAUACCUUGGCGAGGAGAAGCUCCCAGCCAAUCAACCGCAGCGCAUUUCGAUACAAGACGACAUACUCUUUCAUAGUAAUAGACACUGCGCAUACAACUCGCCUCUCCUCUUCUCUGUGUCGGUCGCUUUUCGUCCUCACCACCUUCUCCAUCCCUCAAUUAUCGUCCUCGGACGGCUUUUUGGCGCCAUGAUCGUCAGAUCCUCUGCUACUCGAAGCGUGGCCCAAGCCGCCACAAAAACAGCUUCAGCAUCACGACCGAUCGCCGCCACCAGCUCCUCGACCCUCCAAUCCCGCUCCUAUGCAACCGUACAGGAAGGACAACCACAGCAGAGAAGAUAUGGCGGUCUCAAAGACCAGGACAGAAUAUUUACAAACCUCUACGGCCACCAUGGCUCAGAUCUCAAGAGCGCAAUGAAAUAUGGAGACUGGCACAGAACGAAGGACAUUGUCCUCAAAGGCGAUGACUGGCUGAUCAACGAGAUCAAAGCCUCCGGUCUUCGCGGUAGAGGAGGUGCCGGGUUUCCAUCUGGUUUGAAAUUCUCUUUCAUGAAUUUCAAAGGUUGGCAACAAGACAAGCGGCCACGGUACCUCGUCGUCAACGCCGACGAAGGCGAGCCCGGUACUUGCAAAGACCGAGAGAUCAUGCGCAAAGAUCCCCACAAGCUCGUCGAAGGUUGUCUAGUUGUCGGCCGUGCCAUGAACGCCUCGGCCGCGUACAUCUACAUCCGAGGCGAAUUCUACCACGAAGCGACGGUCCUCCAGCGCGCCAUCCAAGAAGCAUACAAGGAAGGUCUGAUCGGCAAGAACGCAGCCGGCUCUGGCUACGAUUUCGACGUGUACCUCCACCGUGGCAUGGGUGCGUACGUCUGUGGCGAAGAAACUUCUCUCAUCGAAUCGCUCGAAGGCAAAGCCGGCAAACCUAGACUGAAGCCCCCGUUUCCUGCAGCGGUAGGUCUCUUCGGAUGUCCCUCAACAGUAACCAACGUCGAGACCGUCGCCGUCGUUCCCACAAUCGCUCGCCGCGGCGGUAAAUGGUUCGCUGGCUUCGGUCGUGAGCGCAACCAGGGCACCAAACUGUUCUGUAUAUCAGGCCACGUCAACCACCCAUGCACAGUCGAGGAAGAAAUGUCGAUCCCCCUCCGCGAACUCAUCGAGAAACACUGUGGCGGCGUCAGAGGUGGCUGGGACAAUCUCCAGGCCAUCAUCCCCGGUGGUUCCUCCACCCCCAUCCUCCCCAAACACAUCUGCGAUGACCAACUCAUGGACUUUGACGCCCUCAAGGACAGCCAAUCCGGCUUGGGAACUGCCGCCGUGAUCGUCAUGGACAAAUCCGCCGAUGUGGUCCGCAUGAUCGCCCGACUUUCUCAGUUUUACAAACAUGAAUCCUGCGGCCAGUGCACACCCUGUCGCGAGGGCAGCGCCUGGACGGCCAAGAUGAUGGAGCGUUUCGAAAAGGGCCAGGCCCGCGCCCGCGAGAUUGAUAUGAUCCAGGAACUCACGAAGCAAGUCGAGGGUCAUAGUAUUUGUGCUCUCGGCGAAGCUUUCGCCUGGCCUAUACAAGGUCUGAUCCGACAUUUCCGUCCUGCACUUGAGGCCAAAAUCAAGGAUUACGCCACGCAGAACGGCGGUGAGGCUCUUGCCGGUGGAUGGGAGCCCGAUGCUGCGAAGAAGGGCCUUCUGAUCGCCCCUGGCCAGUAGAUAGACCUCCCAAACUGUGUGUCGACGAAAGCCUGCGGCACAAGUCCCCCGUGGCCCGGGAUGACUUUGCCGCUCGUUGUAAAGAGGCAAGGCUGGAGGGAAUCGAGGCUUUGCCGUUGUGACGGACAGGAUGAGGGCCAGGAAGUGGGGGACAGUGUGCAUGCUAUGUUGCGGAUUGUGUAGUCUGGCACGAAUGGACGCUGGCUGAGUUGCUCUGAGCACGGCCAAGGCAAGAACCGAAAGGACAUUUCUUCUUGAUUGUUGAUGCAAGGCGUGGCGUUGUAUGUAUAUUCUCUUUGCUUUGACGCAGACAUGAUAUAUUCAUAAGAAUAUGGACACCCACCAAAU